AUGCCGACUACCUGUUCAGCUCAUCGCUGUACAAGUAGAGCAAAAUCGGGGUCAAAUAUACAUUUUUUUAGAUUUCCUCUAAGUGAUGCCGAAAGAUUAAAAGGUUGGGUAAACGCUAUUGGUCGCAAAGGAUUUGUGCCAAAUGCUGGAAGUCACUUAUGUAGUGAUCAUUUUAAACGAUCAGACUUUUAUGAUAAUCCAGGAGGAAGUUAUAAAUUAACUUUUAAAAAUGAUGCUAUACCAUCAGUUUUUGAACCAUCAGUUCACUCCACAUUAUUGCCUACUAAACUCUUUUCAAACGAACCACAAGAAAAAAAAUAUACAUCAAGUGAAGAUUUACCAAUAAAUCUUAGUGCUAGAUGUGCCCCAGAUGACGUUGAGGUCUUAAAUGAUUUCUGUUUAUUAAGCCCAGUAAAAUUAAGCCCAUAA